AGGGGGGCUGGGGCGGCCAAUCAGAGGCGUGCUAACAACAGGGGAACUUCAGGAACUGCAGCGGAGUGCGGGCAGCGCUGUUAUUCCUGCCAGAGGGAUCGCUGGCGCCGCAGGUAGCAUGGGAGUCGGUCGGUCGCUGGUCGGCUGAGGUUGGGGGUGAUCGCCCGUCACAGAGAAGGAGGAUUCCGGGGAACCCUGACUGUAUCUGCCCAGCCCGGGCAUGCACAGGAUGCUGACUAUACCUAGAUCCAUUGUUAUUCCACUGCCUGGUAUAGAGGUCCGUCCUGGGAAUGUUCACUGCAGAACUACCCCUCCGUUCUUCCUUUCCUAACUCCGUAUCACUCAUACGUCAAAUGAAACACCAGACAGCCUGGACUUAACCUUCUACAGUUGAAGCAAGCUUCGGGAAGCCGUCAGCAUGUGGUGUUUUGGGAUUGCCUUUCUAGGCACUUUGGUGCUGCCGCUUGUAGAAUGUCACAGUUUGUUCACUUGUGAACCCAUCACAGUACCUAGGUGUACAGGCAUGCUUUAUAACAUGACAUUUUUCCCUAACCUUCUGGAGCACUAUGAUCAAGCGAUUGCAGCUGCACGAAUGGAGCCAUUUAUUCCUCUACUGAACCUCCACUGCUCCCCAGAAGUGCACAACUUUCUCUGCAUGGCUUUUGUCCCACCCUGCAUGGAACCAAAGCACGUGGCGCUGCCCUGCCGGGAUCUGUGUGAGACCGUAUACUCAGACUGCAAGCCCCUUAUUGAUACGUUUGGCAUUACCUGGCCUGCGGAACUGGAGUGCGAUAGGCUGGAAGACUGUGCCAACUCUAAGACCUCCGAAAACAACCACCAACAAGGCACGCACAAACCAGCAGAGAAAGUACAAAGAGACUAUGGAUUUUGGUGCCCCCGCCAUCUGAAAACCUCCCAAGGGACAGGUUAUAAGUUUCUGGGGAUAAAUCACUGUGCACCACCUUGCCCGAACAUGUACUUUCAAAAAGAAGACUUGGAUUUUGCCAAAAACUUCAUUGGCAUCAUUUCGAUCAUCUGUCUUUGUGCCACGCUCUUCACCUUCCUGACAUUUCUGAUCGACGUUAAAAGGUUCAGAUACCCCGAGAGGCCAAUAAUCUUCUAUUCGGUCUGCUACAGCAUUGUAUCGCUCAUAUACUUCAUUGGGUUUUUAAUGGGGAACUCUGUCUCCUGCAAUGAGGCGGAUGAAGACUUUGCAGAAGAAGACACUGUGGUUCUUGGCUCGAAACACAAAGCCUGUACCGUCAUCUUCAUGCUCUUAUAUUUCUGCACCAUGGCCGGGACCAUCUGGUGGGUCAUGCUCACCAUAACGUGGUACUUAGCCGCAGGUCAGAAGUGGAGCUGCGAAGCCAUCGAGCAGAAGUCUAUGUGGUUUCACGCCGUGGCUUGGGGCAUACCUGGAGUCCUCACGGUCAUUCUUCUGGCCAUGAACAAAGUAGAAGGAGACAACAUAAGUGGAGUCUGUUUUGUUGGACUCUACGACCAAAAUGUCUCUACAUAUUUUGUGCUCUUACCUCUGUGUUUUAGUGUUUUCAUUGGACUUUCUCUACUCCUCGCUGGGAUUAUAUCCUUAAACAAUGUCCGUCAAGUUAUACAGCACGAUGAGAGGAACCAAGAGAAAUUAAAAAAGUUUAUGAUCCGUAUUGGAGUUUUCAGCGGCACUUACCUUGUUCCCCUGGGGAUAUUAUUGGGGUGUUAUGUCUAUGAGCAGUUGUGGAGAUCUACAUGGGAAAUGACGUGGGUUGCUGACCAUUGUCAGGAAUUCCACAUUCCAUGCCCAUAUCAGCUAAAGAGUCUGUCCCGACCAAACUUGGGACUGUUUCUAACCAAAUACGUGAUGACUUUAAUUGUUGGGAUCUCCGCCAUCUUCUGGGUGGGAAGCAAGAAGACCUGCUCAGAGUGGGCUAACUUCUUUAACCGGAGUCAGAAACAAGACCCGGUCACCGAGAGCAGAAGAGUCCUGCAGGAGUCCUGCGAAUUCUUCCUCAAACACGACUCGAACAACAAGACCAAGCACAAGAAGAAGCACCACCGCUCCAGCUCCCACAAGCUGAAAGUCCUCUCCAAGUCCAUGGGAACCAGCACCGGUGCUAAAGCAAACCACAUAGUGUCUGGAAUGUCCAUCAGCAGCCACGAUCACAUAGACAACGAGACCGCUGUGGACAUUCAGAGUACUAGGGACCUAUCGCCAAAGGAAGACAAAGAGUGUGGGAGUAGUAUCCAGAAAGGAAGGAUGGAACUCACAGCAGAAGCAACUGCACAGACAUUACUGGAGAACUAUGAGGUCUCCACACAGCAAGGAGAGCAGGAUAUUAAGCCUGGGCUGAGCAGAGGCAAUGGCAUCGGUGGUAGUGUACAGCGAAUGAUUGAGGGAAGUUCACGCAUUGAAAAUGAUUUCACUGAAACAGCCCCAUAUCUGGACAGAGGAUCUCCGCGCCCUACCCUGAAUGCAAGCCUCAGCAGUGUGCGCGCGCCGCUCAAGAACAACACGCAAACAGCGUGAGAAGCCGGAAUUGCUGUUAAAGCAGCUAGUAGCAUUACUAGCGUACAUCAACGUUCCAUAGAACUAUUAAAAUUUUGCACUUAGUACACUGAGCUGGACACCACUGAGAGCCACCAUGUUAGCCAGGGGAUUACGUGCAACGGUGGCAGCCAUUUUGAAAAUGCAGCAUUAGGGCUGAAUAACAUUAAUAGGCUGAGUACUGGGUUACUCAGCAAACUGACUGCUUCCCUGUGUGUGGCCAACAUAUACUGUACACACCAUCUUAUAUUCUGUUACAUUUUGUAAUGUAGAAUUUGAAAUAUAUUUUUUAUCCGUGGGUUAAUUUAGCAAACUUUUCAAACCUUCUGAAAAGCCUAGGUAAGUGAUUUAUUAACACGGCAGUACUGUAUUAUAUACUGUAUGUAGACUGUAAGCUCAGUAAGAGAUUCUCUCACAUGCGAAUAACCUAAAUGUCCAGGAAAAGCCCUAGCCGCCACCUGCUUUAUGUCCUGCUCGUUUCCUACUGGUAGUUUUUACACUGGAGUUAUUUAAAAUAAAAAUCUUAAUUUUCUUAAGAAA